AUGAUGAGCGGCGAUGGGAGGUACACAAACCUCAUUGACGACGAUCGUGAGGAAAUAUCAAAUAUUGAAGGGGAACGUGCUGGUGGAUUUGCCCGAAGCCAACCUCAUCAAUCCUAUGUUGCAGAUGUUCCAUGCUUUAUGGGAAGUGAUUGCAUUGAAGGAUUUCUCGAAUGGGUUGCAGGUGUAGAGGAAAUAUUUGAUACAAUAGCAAUUUCAGAAGAGAAGAUGGUGAAAAUUGUUGUGUCCCGUUUAAGAGGCGAUGUCGCUUCUUGGUGGGAUUAG